AAGAAAAAAAAAGAUUCUCCACCAUAAAACUCUUCUCUCUCAUACAUAAUUCAAUAAUGCGACUUUCUCUCUCCUCCUUUCUCUCACUACUCACUCACCCCUUCAUCUCUUUCUCUCAUUCUCUUUGCUGCUUGUACAGAACAGUAAAGUGCUUAGGAUAGCAAAAAAGUUUCUGCAAUCCAAAACGAUCUGUUCUUUCUUAAUUUCCUUUCUGCUUGCCUUUUAACCGCUUCAUCUUUUGUUUGUUACUUUCUGAGAAUUUUCCAUUUGGGGGGGAGGGUCUCUCUUUGGCACUUUCCAUACUUGUUGAUCUUGCUUUUGUGUCACUGUUUCACCCUUUGUUUUCUAAUCUAACUUCUUCACCUGUGGAGUUAGUAAUCUUCUGCUAUCAAAUCACUGUGUGGUUGUUGAACUAUUAUUAUUCAGAGUCUGCUAUUUUCAGUAUGCAUGCCUGGUUGCAGAAUAAAACAACAAACUUGUUGAAACCCAGGAAUAAAAAAACCACCUUUGAGGUUUAGAUUUGAUAUAUACUCUUACAAAAGAGCAUAGAUUUGUUUUUUUUUUUUUUUUUUCUAUUGGUGUUUAUCUUGGUUCAGUUUUUUAUGGAGUUGAUGGGGUGUGGAAAGCUUAGGGGGUGCCUUGUUCUUGUGUUAUUUGGUGCACUGUUGGUGGGUUUAGUGAGUGGAAUUGGAAUUAAUUGGGGCACACAAUUAACACACCCUUUGCCAGCAUCCACUAUAGUGAAAAUGCUGAAGGACAAUGGUAUUCAGAAGGUUAAGCUUUUUGAUGCUGACCCUGAUAUUCUAAAUGCUCUUAAGAAGUCUGGGAUUCAGGUGAUGGUGGGUAUACCAAAUGACAUGCUCUACACACUAGCUAACAGUAUGCAAGCAGCUGAAAAAUGGGUUUCCAAGAAUGUUUCAGCACAUGUCUCGGUGGACAUCAGGUAUGUUGCAGUGGGAAAUGAACCUUUCUUGUCAACUUACAAUGGUACCUUUGAAGCCACAACACUUCCAGCUCUUCAAAACAUCCAAUUAGCCCUUGUGAAAGCUGGUUUAGGCAAUCAGGUUAAAGUCACUUGCCCUCUAAACGCUGACGUGUAUCAGAGCGCACAAGUACCUUCUGAUGGCGACUUCAGGCAAGACAUCCAUGAUCUCAUGGUGCAGAUUGUCAAGUUCUUGAGCCAGAACAACGCUCCAUUUACUGUGAACAUCUAUCCUUUCAUCAGCCUCUAUUCAGACCCCAAUUUUCCUGUUGACUAUGCCUUCUUCAAUGGCUUUCAGUCUCCUAUAAGUGACAACGGAAGGAUCUAUGACAAUGUCUUUGACGCCAACCAUGAUACUCUAGUGUGGGCAUUGCAGAAGAAUGGUUUUGGAAACAUGCCUAUAAUUGUGGGAGAAGUUGGGUGGCCUACAGAUGGAGACAGAAAUGCAAACCUUCAAUAUGCACAACGGUUUAACCAAGGUUUCAUGUCGCGCUACAUUGCCGGAAAGGGAACACCAAUGAGGCCUGGUCCUAUGGAUGCUUACCUGUUUAGUCUCAUAGAUGAAGAUUUCAAAAGCAUUCAGCCGGGUAAUUUUGAAAGACAUUGGGGGUUGUUUUACUAUGAUGGACAACCCAAGUACCAGCUUAGCAUAGGAUCAAGAGCCAAUGGCUUAGUAGCUGCUACUGGGGUGGCAUAUCUGCCCAAAAAGUGGUGCAUUUUGAAAACCUCAGCAAACCUCAAUAGUGAUCAAGUGGCACCAAGUGUGUCUUAUGCUUGUCAAAAUGCAGAUUGCACAAGUCUUGGAUAUCAAACUUCAUGUGGUGGUUUAGAUAUUCGUGGUAAUAUUUCUUAUGCAUUCAAUAGCUACUUCCAAGUGAAUGACCAGAUUGACAGUGCAUGCAAAUUCCCUGGCCUUUCUGUUGUCACUGACAAAGAUCCUUCAACUGGAGAUUGCAAGUUCAAAAUCAUGAUUCAGACAGAUUCUGCUGGUCUACAUGGGAAUGGGAGAAUUUGGUCUCUCAGAAUAGUACUCUUUGUACUUUUGUUUUUCACUCUUAUGUGACAUUUAAAGAUUUUAGAUUUUAGAUUUAUUUUUGGAGAGUGUCAACAAGUGCCUCAUUUUUCAUAUUCAUCAUGUGGGUCGGAGCUAAUAUAUGUAAAGCUUGUUGAAGAUCACAGAAACUUCUUUGCUGUGUUCAAUAGUUGACAAUAUUUGCUUUAAAGUACUUUUGGUACAUGAAUCUUUGAUUUCUAACUAUGUUAUUCUUUUGGGAUGA